AUGCCUUUCGAGUACAAACAGGUCCUGAUCAUCGGCGCCACCUCCGGCAUUGGCGAAGCCCUGGCUGCCAAAGUCGUCGAGAAUGGUACGCCGGUGAUUAUCACGGGUCGUCGCAAGGAGAAUCUGGACGCGUUUGCGAAGAAGCAUGAUUCCGACAAGGUCAAAACCAAGGUGUUUGACAUCACGCAGCUGGACAAGAUCCGCCAGUUCGCAUCCGAGAUUAUCGCUGAGAAUCCCAAUCUCGACUGCAUCCUCGUCAACUCGGGCAUCCAACGCCCCUUCGAUUUCUCCAAGCCCGACACCGUCGACAUGGACGUCUUCGACACCGAACUCACCACAAACUACACCUCGGCCGUUCAUCUCGCCAAAGCCUUCAUCCCGCAUCUCCAACAACAGUCGUCUCCGACCAUGCUCGGCUUCACCACCUCCCAACUCGCUCUCGUCCCCAUGAUGCGCUGCCCCAACUACGGCGCCACCAAAGCCGCGCUGCACCAUUUCAUUCUGGCGCUGCGCACACAGCUCGAAGGCGGGCCGGGCAAUAUCAAGGUCAUGGAGUUGUAUCCGCCCGCCGUGCAGACUGAAUUGCACGAUACGAAGCAUCAGCCGGAUUUAAAGGAUGGGCAUUUGAUCGGAAUGCCGCUGGAUGAGUUCACGGAGGAGGCGUGGGCGGCACUGUGUGAGGGGAAAGAUCAGAUCCCCGUGGGAAGUGCUAAGAACGCAUUUGCCAAUUUUGAGAACAACAGACAGGAGAUGUAUCAGCAGAUGACGAAGAUGUUGUCGCAGUUGCUUAAGAAGCAUCUGCAGUGA